GACCAGAUCUGGCCGAAUUCAUUUCUCUUCAUUUUAUUGCAAGCCUUGUUGACUCAAUUGACCCGAAAUUGGGUCAUCAUACAAUUAACAAAGUUAUUUAGAACAUAAUCGCUUAUCUACAAGUAUAUAACUACUAUGUAUCACGAAAUGUCCCACAUGGGCCCUCGGGCCUUCAACCAUGACCAAAGUAACGACUCAGAAGCCGAAUAUGACCGUCUCCGCGACUUAGCCAGACAAGAAGCCUCCAAGCGCGGUUCGUGCUUUCAACGGUCCCAAGAUGCCUACACCAGCGGCGACGGCGCCGCGGCCAAGGAGCUCUCAGAACAAGGUAAGGCGCAUGGGCGUAAGAUGGAGGAAUACAACAAACAAGCGUCCGAGUUUAUUUUCCGUGAAAACAAUGCGAAUGGUCGUGUCGCGGCGGAUACUAUCGAUCUGCACGGGCAGUUUGUUGAGGAGGCGGAGGAUAUCCUAGAAGAGAGGAUUAAGUACGCCAAGUCGCAUGGGCAGAACCAUCUUCAUGUCAUCGUCGGCAAAGGAAACCACUCCGCGAACCACGUCCAAAAAAUCAAGCCCCGUGUCGAAAAGGUCUGUCGCGAGAUGGGCCUGCAGUACGCCACCGAGGAAAACGCCGGUCGUAUCUACGUUAACCUCACCGGUGGUGCCGCCGAUCUGGGCUCCGUUCCUUCGCCUUACGACCACCAGCACCAGCAACAGUCCUCGCACCACCAAUACCCCAGCCAGCAGUAUCAUCAGCAACCGCAGCAGCAGCAUGGCGGACAGAACCAGCAGCAGGACGGGGUCGAGCAGGUGGUCAAUGCUGUCUUGCCGCGUGUAUUGCGCAAAUUGGAGAAGGCUUGCUGUGUGGUUAUGUAAAGAGAGGCAACGUGUCGUCGUUUCGCUACGGUUUCGCUAUGUUAUUAUGCUAUAUUGGUAUCUAUACUUGAUACGAUUGACGCUUUUUGAUAUGAUGAGAUUUUCAUCUCAUUGGAUUGGUAUACCCCGGGCUUUUUGGUUAUCUGCUCAGUUUCAGUAUCUAUAUACCUGCGGGAAUGGUUUCUGUUUACUAGGUUUCAGACACUUUAUAUAUAUAAAGAGAUAUUAUUUCCCAUGUUCUCAUUUCGCUUUUAGAAUACAAAUCCAGGCUUACAUCAAGGGUAUAUGUAACGGUAACCAAUGGCAAAGCAUAAUCCAAACACGUUCGAAAACAAAAAAGGAAUCAUCGAGCCUCAUUUAACGUGGUCUCCGUGAUCUUAUCCAGAAUAGCUCGCACCAUUGCCCCAUCGCCCUGUGUAUCACCACUGGAGUCGAUCUCAUCGAUCAAG